AUGACCUCAGAUUACUUUGCAGCUGAUAUUCGGAGGAAGAUCUCAGAUGACACCACUCAUCCUGACAGCUACUACGAACCCGAGUACUUCGUCCCUGAUAAUCACGGGACGGCUCACCUAUCCAUCAUCGCUGAGGACGGGAGCGCGGUGGCAGCGACGAGCACCAUCAACCUGUAUUUUGGAUCAAAAGUGAUGUCGCGCUCGACUGGUAUCAUCUUUAAUGAUGAGAUGGAUGAUUUCAGCUCACCGUACAUCACCAACGACUUUGAGAUCCCACCGUCUCCCAAUAACGUCAUCCAGCCAGGUAAGAGGCCGCUCUCGUCCAUGUGUCCCACCAUCAUUUUCGACAAACAGAACAAGUUAAACUGGUGGUUGGAGCUUCUGGAGGGGUUUUUCUGUGUGUGUUUACAGGCUGUGAUAGAUGGUCUAACACAGAAGAACCACGUGACCGAGUUGAUGAGGAGUCCCGGUGCGGUGGUCCAGGCCGUGCUGAGGCAGGGAGAUCUGAUCUACGCUGAAUCCGAUCCCAGGAAAGGAGGACUUCCGGCAGGCUACUGA